UGCUACUACUACUACUUCUUUCAGAUUUUUCAGAUCACUUCAUUUUACAUUUCUCUGAAAUACAAUUGGGAAACGACUUAUUUGGAAAUCAUACCCCUUAGGCUCUUGCCGUAAUUUCUAAGGAAAUGGUUACACAUCGCUAAGGAAUUUGGAGGCUGGCCUUACUGCUUGACUUGACACCAUCCAUAGAUCAUCCGAUAUUUGGUGAAUAACCCUUUAAGACUCCACUGUCGUGGCCGGAUAUAAAGCUAGGGCCAGAGCCGAGAGGGGUUUAACUCACGGCGGUAUAUAAGACGUCUACGUCGAAUCCUCCCUUGGUCUCUGAAAAAAUGACUUCACUCGCUCGAGCUUUGUCUUAUCCCAAACCCAGCCACGCGGAGUCUCUGAACUGCCCCCCCAACGCGAUGCCAAAACGGAUCCUGCAUGAAAAUUGCGGAGAUCAUUGGGUACUGGUCAUCAACACCGGAGGAACCAUUGGAAUGAAGAGUCAUGACGGGGGCCUCAAACCGGAGCCCAAUGCGUUUGUGAAGGAGUUGCGAGAGAUGAAUAUCUUCCACGAUGCAAAAUAUGCCAAGAAAAAGGGAUACGACCUCAAGGAUAACACACUGGUCCUGCCGUCAUAUAGCAAGAACGAUCAACGGGUUGUGUACACCCUUCUAGAGUACGACCCCUUACUGGAUUCCUCCAACAUGACAACCAAGGACUGGGAGAAAAUCGGGAAGGACAUCGAGAAAAACUACGAGCGCUACGAUGGCUUCGUGAUCCUCCAUGGCACGGACACCAUGGCGUACACGUCCUCCGCCCUGUCCUUCAUGUGUGACCACCUGGGCAAGCCCGUCAUCCUCACUGGCUCCCAGGUGCCAAUUUAUGACCUGUGGAACGAUGGCAGGGACAACCUGCUGGGGGCGCUGCUGCUCGCUGGUCUGUUUGACAUUCCGGAGGUAUGCCUGUACUUCCGCAACAAACUGUACAGGGGAAACCGCGUCACCAAAGUGGACGCUGGGAGUUUCGAUGGCUUCGCCUCCCCUAACCUGCCCCCCCUGGCCAAGAUGGACGUGGAUGUAACGGUCUACUGGGACAGGCUGUGGAGAGACAAGACCUACACCAAGUUCUGCGUGAGCACAGAGCUGAACUGCAACGUGGGCCUGCUGAGGCUGUUCCCUGGCAUCACCACGGAAACCGUGAGGUCGUUCCUGCAGCGCCCCAUAGUGGGCGUGGUCCUGGAGACCUACGGCGCCGGGAACGCCCCCGACAACCGCCCCGACCUCCUGGCUGCGCUGAAGGAGGCCACCGACCGCGGCGUGAUCAUCAUCAACACCACCCAGUGUCUGAAGGGCACCGUGUCCAAGAUCUACGCCACGGGCGAGGUCCUGUAUGAAGCGGGGCUGCUGCCCGGUAGGGACAUGACCCCCGAGGCGGUCCUCACCAAGCUGUCUCACGUGUUGGCCAUUGAAGGGCUGGACCUGCAGACCAAAAAGAUGAUGAUGGUAGAGAACCUGCGAGGGGAGAUGAGUGCAGACCUGGGAGCCAAGCGCAACCUGAGUGACAGCCGCUUCAUCCAGGUCAUCACCAAGUCGCUCAGCAUCAGCUGCAAGAAGGAGCUGGAAGCAAUACGUGAUGCCCUGGGCCCCCCGCUGGCCUGCGCCGCCGCCAAGAUCGGAGACGUGGAGGCCCUGGAAUCCAUCCGGGAAAUGGGGAGUAUCCUGAGUCUGGGCGACUUCGACGGACGCACACCGCUGCACGUCGCUGCGAGUGAGGGCCACCUGAAGGUGGUCCAGUACCUCCUGGAGCACGGGUCCACCAUCCACGGCCGGGAUCGCCACGGCGACACACCCCUGUCCAACGCAGUGCUCUUCAGACGCAAAGACAUCGUGAGACUCCUGCGGAAGGCCGGAGCCCACCUGUCCCGAGAGCAGCUGGCCGUCUCGGGCACAGAGCUGUGCAGCCUAGCGGCUCACGGAGACCUGGACGGUCUGCAGAUCUGGCACGUAGCCGGGGCCGAUCUGAACACCCCCGGGUACGACGGACAGACGGCCCUUUCAGUGGCCACGGGGGCUGGCAAGUUGGAGGCCGUUGCGCUGCUUAAUCGCCUCCUGAGUGCCAAGGAUCAGGACAAACUGGGUGAUGAGUAGGAUGAUGAUAAUGUUGGUGACAGGGGUGAGAGUGGGAUCAAGCCCAGCACCCCCCCGGUGGGAUGCUAGACCCGGGUGGGCUCCUACGCCAGCCAGGCUCGCUCACUGCCUUUCCCAGAGCCGCGCCUUCUCCUUUCCUUCCAAUGUUCCAGCGAGUCCUGCCGCUUCAACGCUUUCUCGAUCCCUUUGUCACGAGCGUCUCGGUACGCCACCAAACAUGUGAACCUUUAUUUCUGCCUGCUCUUUCCCCCAAUGUUAUUUGUGUGUGUUGUUAUUUUUACGUUCAUCUAUUGUAUGUUCUUGUCAAGGUUGCUUUUCCACUUGUCCGUACCUACCAGGCAAUCAGGGAAUCUGCUGUCAAUGGCUUAAAAAAGAUAUGAGGAUGAGAACUUGAUAAAGAAAUUGCACUUGAGAUUCUUGAACCAUUGUUUCCGGCCUUCUGUAUGCUGUUGUCUCUGCCCCUGAACUAUUUGCGCACUGGGCUGGACGAGUUGUUAUAUUUGCAGUGCUUCAUUAUCACUUUUGACCAUUGCUUGUACCCAAAGCCAAUGUUAAAGUAGUUAAUGCUUGAAUGUAUUCUUCUAAAGCAAUCAAUUAAGGUUUGUGUGAGUUUUUUUAAUUGCUGUCCAACAAAACAAAGUUUUUCAGGGUUUUGUGUCCCUGUCGUAUCAAUAUGCUUAAAUGCUGUUCCUAUUUGAUUCGAAAUAAAAUGUAAGAAAAACAUUUAAUAAAUACAUCCCAUUCUAAAUAAA